CGGCUGCGCAGCGCAGCCCAAGUGGGCUUUGCCGGCGCCCCUCCCCUCUGCUCUGUUCCUCGCUGGGCGGGGAUGCAGAAGAACCCAAGGCCGGGUCUAUUGCAGGAGGAACCUCGGGUCUGCAUCUGAAUUGCCAGGUAGGUGAGUGUGAGAGGCUGGAUCCUCUUGGUUCUCUGGAAGCCAUCCUUCGUCCUCAGCACCAUGCUGUCCCCUCAGCGGGCUCUACUCUGCAACCUCAAUCACAUCCACCUCCAGCAUGUCUCCCUGGGCCUGCACUUGUCCCGCCGUCCUGAACUACGGGAGGGGCCUCUGAGCACACCCCCGCCCCCAGGAGACACGGGGGGCAAAGAGAGCAGGGGGCCCUGCAGCGGCACUCUGGUGGACGCCAACUCCAACAGUCCAGCUGUGCCCUGCCGCUGCUGCCAGGAGCACGGGCCCAGCAUAGAAAACCAGCAGGACCCUUCCCAGGAGGAGGAAGAGGCCGCCUCGCCUUCAGAUCCGGGAUGCUCCUCCUCUCUCAGCUCCUGCUCAGAUCUUAGCCCUGAUGAGUCCCCGGUGUCAGUCUACUCUCGCGACCUGCCUGGCAAUGAGGAUGCCCACCCUCAGUCCAGCAUCUUCCCUGUGGAGCCGGGCUCUCCUCUGGCGUCCGCGGGCCCUGGCACCUGCUCUCCGGACAGCUUCUGCUGCUCUCCGGAUUCUUGCUCCGGAGUAUCUUCCCCACCUGGACCUGGACUGGACUCCAACUGCAACGCCCUGACCACCUGCCAGGACCUACCUUCCCCAGGCUUGGAGGAAGAGGAAGACAGCGGGGAACAGGAUCUCGCUACCUCUGAGCUUUCAGAGACCGAAGAUGGGAGAAUCGACUCAGGGAAAGCAGAGCCCAGUUGGAAAAUUAACCCCAUUUGGAAAAUUGACACAGAAAAAACUGAAGCUGGAUGGAAAACCAUCGAGAACAGUGACUCUGGUUGGAAAAUCGAUGAAAAUACAAACUCGAGCUUGAAAACAGAAUCUGGGAAAUUGGCUUCUUGUUUGAACACCAAUUCUGGUUCGAAAAUAGAUGCAGGGAAAACUGAUGGGGGAUGGAGAGGUGACGUCAGCCAGGAGCCGGUGCCCCAUCGGACAAUCACGUCCUUCCAUGAGCUGGCCCAGAAGCGAAAGCGGGGUCCGGGGCUGCCCCCCGUGCCGCAGGCCAAGAAAGAUCGCAGCGACUGGCUCAUAGUCUUCUCCCCUGACACCGAGCUCCCGCCGACUGGGUCCCUGGGAGGUUCUUUGGCACCUCCCCGAGAAGUCACCACCUUCAAGGAACUCCGGUCGCGAAGCCGAGCCCAGCCGCCGCCAGUCCCGCCCAGGGACCCUCCGGCUGGGUGGGCUUUGGUCCCGCCUCGACCGCCUCCCCCUCCUGUCCCUCCGCGGAGGAAGAAGAAUCGACUUGGGCUGCAGCCCAUCGCCGAGGGGCUGCCGGAGGAGGGCAGGGCUGGCAGCCCCGCGGUGGGUGAGGAGGCCCCCGCAGCCCCGGAGCCCGAGGAGCCGCGCGCGCACGCCGUGGCCGGUCCCCCGCUAGUCCCUCGGCCCCCGGUUUUCCGGUUCUCGGCCGACGGGCGCCCCCUGUUGGAGGGUGGGGGCGCGGGCGCACCGGGGUCCCUGCUCUUGACGCCUUUAACCGGGUGGUCCAAUUCCCUGCAGCUGCCGGGGGCGGCGAGUCCCCCGGAGGAGCAUCUGCUGCCUGUGCGCCUAUCCCCAGUGGGAGCCUAUUCUCCUCCCACGCGGGGGGCCUUGCCUUGCCUGGCCAGCCCCGAGCUGGCCCUGCUGCUCUCCCCGCUCUUCCCCAGAAGUAGCACCUUCCCUGCCGCGGCGCCCCCACCCCGCCAGGUUCCCGCCCCCCCGCUGCCAACACCACCGCGUCCUCCGACCGCCCCUCGCUGGACCAGAAGGCCACCGCCUCCGCCCAGGCAACUGCGUAGUUCCUGGUCGUUUGCCGGUGUUCCCGGGGCCCAGCGGCUGUGGAUGGCAGAAGCCCAGAGUGGGACUGGCCAGCUGCAGGAGCAAAAGAAAGGUCUCCUGAUAGCUGUUAGUGCUUCAGUGGACAAAAUCAUCUCGCAUUUUGGGGCUGCUCGGAACUUGGUUCAGAAGGCCCAAUUGGGGGAUAGCCGGCUGAGCCCGGAUGUGGGGCAUCUGGUGCUGACCACCCUCUGCCCGGCCCUCCAUGCUCUGGUGGCCGAUGGACUGAAGCCAUUCCGGAAGGACCUCAUCACGGGGCAGCGCAGGAGCAGCCCUUGGAGCGUGGUGGAGGCAUCGGUGAAGCCAGGUUCCUGCACGCAUUCGAUGGGAUCCCUGUACAGCCAGGUCAGCCGCCUGGCCCCGCUGAGCAGCAGCCGCAGCCGCUUCCACGCUUUCAUCUUGGGCCUCCUCAACACCAAACAGUUGGAACUGUGGUUUUCCAGCCUCCAGGAGGAUGCAGGUCUUCUGUCCCUCUACCUGCCCACCGGAUUCUUCUCCCUGGCGUGCGGCAGCUGCCCAUCGCUGUCCACAGAGCUGCUGCUGCUGCUGCAGCCGCUGUCCGUGCUCACCUUCCACCUGGACUUGCUUUUCGAGCACCACCACCACGUGCCCGUGGGCCUGCAGCAGGCUCCUGCCCCCGCGGGCCCCCCUCCUGCCCUCCAGCAGACUGUGCAGGCCGUACUGCAGUGGGGGGGCCGCUUGGCUCAGAGUCUCCGAGGGACCUCAGCAGAGGCCACUACAGACCCUUCAGCGCCCCCAACCCGCCCUCCAGCAGGCAGCUGGUGGGAUCAGCUGACCCAGGCUUCUCGGGUCUACGCCUCCGGCGGCACUGAGGGCUUCCCUCUUCUCCGGUGGGGACCCAGGCGUCCCGGGACUGCGGCUGAGGGCACCCAGGAGGCACCCCCACCCACAGAACAAACCACACCUGGCAGAAGCGUGUGGUUGGGGCGGCUGUUUGGUGUGCCCGGGGGCCUCUCAGAAACUGAGAAUGGCGCCUUCAAGUCCAGGAGGCCAUCCAGCUGGCUGCCCCCAACAGUGAGUGUGUUGGCUCUGGUGAAGCGGGGGCCAUCUCCUGAGACCCCUCCCGAGGAGCUUGUGGACUCGCCAGCCGGCAGGGUGCAGGCUGACAGGGCAGUCCGGGCCCUCUGUGACCACACGGCUGCGGGACCUGACCAGUUGAGCUUCCGGCGUGGGGAAGUGCUGCGCGUCAUUGCCACCGUGGGUGAAGACUGGCUGCGCUGCGGGCGUGAUGGUGCCGAGGGGCUGGUGCCCGUGGGCUAUACCUCCCUCAUUCUCUAGCUCCGGGCCUCUCUCCUCCUAGGAAUGGAAUAGCUCAUACGUGCUGUUCACGUGAACUCAAGCGUUUUUCCUUCUGCCAACACACCUUUCUUCCCAAAUCCAUUUCUGUGGACAGCUAAAAUAAACUUCCCUCCUCCCUCAACACCCACCUGUAAGGUGAAAUCUGCUCUUGCAAACACGUAGACUUCUGUCUACAGGACUCCUUCCUCCAUCUGCACAAGAGAACAUCACCCUUCCUAUCUGCAAAUUCCCAUCGAUUCCUCCUCAGCCUUCACAGUGGACUGUGCCAGUAGAGAACACGCCUCUGCCCCCAAGCCCACAGGACUGUGGUCUCCGUCUGUCCUUAGCCCUCAUUGCCUGCGUUUAAGAUGUGCUCCUGCUGUGCGAAGUGUUGGAUGGAAGCCGGACACCCCUGGUGGGUGGGCCUCUGGCCUUCAUCUGCCUCUUUCCUUCCUUAUUCCAAUAAAAUGUGGGAGCUGAACCGAUACAUGUUCCUGUGGGUGUCAGGGUAUAGAUACAGCUGUCGGGGAGGGAAGUCCUUUUACUGGAGCCCAAGGCGGGUAGAUACUUCUUCUUUAGCAUAGGUAGUUUUUUUUUUUUUUUUUUUGGUGGGGGUGGGGAGGCAGGAUCUUACCAGGUAGCCCUGGGUGGCCUCGGACUCAGAAAGAUCCGUCUGUCUUUGCCUUCCGAGUGCUGGGAUUAAAGGCGUGCGCCUGGCUCGGACGCCAGGCGUUGUCCUGUAGAAUACAUUGGACUUGUGUGCUGGAGGGACGGACACUCAUGCCAUGGCUCACGUGGAGGUCAGAGGACCACUUGUGGGAGGGCUUUAUUUUCACUAUGACAGCGGUUCUCAGCCUUCCUAAUGCUGUGACCUUUAGGGCAGUUCCUCAUGUUGUGGUGACCCUUAACCAUAUAAUUUUCUUGGCUACUUAACUAUGAUUUUGCUACUGUUAUGAAUCGUCAUGUAAAUAUCCGAUAUUUAACCUGUGAAAGGGUCAUUCUGCCCUCCAAAGGAGUGAAGACCACAGUUGAGAACACUGUUCUAUUAAAUCUGAUGGAGUUA